CUCAGUAAUCUCUCGACUGUGGUGGGUGGUGUACGCGUCACGGUCCUCUCCUCAGUCCCAACCUCUCCUCCUCCACUGGACGAUGCUUUCCCACAGAAUUUUCCUAUAACUGUCGGAAUUCCGAACUGAAAAGGAACAAACAAGGAGGCAAGGAUGGCAGAGAAUCAGCAGAAGCGCAUCAGUGGGAUUCUCAAGCCGACCUCCUCCUCCUCCAGGGCCCUCAGGAGGUCCUCCUCAGACGAAACCCUUGCCGGUGUCACUCUAGUCACGUGUCGUCUCACCUCCCCGGUCAACAAGAGUAGCAAUCAGCUGACGCAGCCCGUAACCAAUGGCUCCAGAUCCCCACCUACAGCACCUUCCAGCAUGAUCGACGUCAACACGCCCCCCUCUUUAGCCUCACCUCAGCGUGUAAAACUUUUACCGGGGACGUCGGAGACCUCAUUGAUGGUCCCGAUGGAUAUGGAGACAGCUACGACGGUGGCGCCGACGAAUGAGACAACUGCUCCAACGGUGUCGCCGACAAAUACGAAGGCGGAAGCGAAGACCGCUGCGACGGUUGCGUCGCCUGCGAAGAGGUCAUUGUUUCCUCCUUACAAAGAACGUUUUGCCUCAGCGAGGAGCGACAGAGCCGGAAGCGCUCCUGUAAACCUUCGUCCUAAUGUACUUAGUUUAAAACCAGAGAGCCCAUCGACUGCCAGAAGAAAGGGGUGCCUGGCGGACUUGAAAGCGAGCGUGAGGAGCAUGCUGCCUCCGCUAGCGACAAGCCACAAGCCUGACGAGACAACUCCCUCUGGCACACCCACCACGGUGGACAGAGGAGUCUUCACUAUAUCUCCCCCUGUCAAAGGAAAUGUUUCUCACCCACUGUUGACACAGAAAGCUGUCCCGUGCGAGGGUGACCCCUUCGAUCAGAGGCGCAAGAUCUCGUCUGCAUCAAUCACCCAUCCAGAAGGCGAGGAAGGAGACCACGAGCCGGUGUGGCAGAGGCGACUCUCACAGCUCUUCGUGCCCCCAACCGACAACGACCUCGACCCUGAACACGAAGCGGAGGAAUCGAGCCAGCUGCUGCCCAAGUCGUCCUCAGCGCUCAUCCUCCAGAAGCGAGUCACCCCUGACAGCUCCCCCUCCUCCUCUCCCGGCGACCAGCGCAGGGAGCCGGAGAGAGGCAGGGAGAGGAAGAGGAGGGAGGGAGUAGUAAGGAAGGAGCAGGGCAAACCCAAGACUCAGUCCAGGAUCAUCUUCCUGGACGACAAGUACCAGCAGCAGGAGGAGGAGGUCCCGGCCGCCCCUAAGGCCGUCGUCGACGAUAUCGACAGUGAUGCCUCGUCCUCAAUACACACAUCUGACGAAGAAGAGGAGCCUGGCGGAGAUGAUUACACGUCGUGGGAUGACACUAUAUGUUCCAACCGCUCUGCCUACUUCAAGAUGUAUUACUCGCAGCGAGGCAUCAUAGGCGGUAACCGCGAGGAGAGCAAGUCUAAGGCCUUACAACCCUCGUCUCACAACUCUCUCUCAUCACUCAUACAAGAAAAAAUGGGGAAACCAAAUACACCAGCCACAAAGACCCGGGCAGAGAUUGGACUGAUGGUGCUUGUUGUGUUGUUAUUCGUCACCAUUGUACUUGGCAUCUCCCUCACCACAUACUUUUACAAUCUUCACUUACUUGAGCUCUCUAUAUUUAACUGCAUCAAGUUCUAUGAAUCUCCAAGGAUUCUGGAAAUUUAUAAUGCAGAAUGGAAGCCUCUCACUACAGUACAUCUAGGGAGCAGCCUCCCACCAAACUCAAUACCUGAGGACUGCACAAAUUAUCUCCAUUACCUCAAAAGGCACAAUUACACUAUGCCACACAAAAGACCAGAUGAUGAUGAUUAUGAGGAUAUGGUAUGUUUAGACUGGACUGGGUUGGCUCAGUUACAGCUCCGCAAAUUGUAUGCCCAAGGUGAUGUUCAGUGCUACUCAGUGUGGUGGGGAGCAGCAAAUGAAGAAUUUAAACUUAGAGAUUGUUUGAAAGCAGACAAAGAGCAUGGAGUAUGGUGGGGGGGUGGGGAAAUGAGUGAGGGUGGAUUCCCGGUCACAAACGCAAAUAUUGCACCUGAAAGAAUGGUCACCGGCAAACUUGGAAGAGAUUCUUGGGGUCAACUUUUACGACAUACGUGGCUUUCUGAUCGGGCUUCUCUUCUAACCCUACCAGAGAGUUUCAGUGGACAAGUCUCCAUUAAUUAUGAGAAUGAUGGGCAAGUAUGUUUAGAAACUGGACCAUACCCAUCACUGAUAGCUCCAUUACCAACAAUGGAAUACCAUCUCUGCACAGCUCCCAAUGUGACUUCUCUUAUAUAUUUCAUGCACCAAGAAGCAGUUAACAAAAGAAAAAUUGUUGUUGAAGCUUCCUCUAGUCUUGUCACACACAAAUCUUAUGUGGAAGAAAAUCAAAAUACAGAAGCACCGCUAGGUCAUCCAAAGGCUGUUGGACAUAUGAAUGUUUCACGGAAGCCACGUAAAAUAUUAAAAGAAAUCUUCAAAAAAGAGGUAAAAGAUCGUGUCCAAGAAAGACUUGAGCACCCUGUUUGGGUGCCAUGGAUGCCCCCUGAUAGACCGCAGCUCACACAAGAGGCAGUAAUAGAAUACGUAGAAAGUAUUCUCAGUAAAAAAUAUGGACUUCAGGGGCAUGUAUUACUUCCACCUUCCUGGCAGGGUGAGCCUGGUGAACUAGAAUUUGACCCAGAUAGAUUUCCUGAUCCAGCAUUAUUGGCACAGACACUGAAAGAUAAAGGCUUUCAUCUGGCGCUCACUAUUCACCCUUUUGUUAGUGUUGGGGCUUCAGCGUUCAAUAGUGGGACUAGGGAAAAUCUCUGGGUGAGACAGAAAAACUCCUCGCUACCUGCACUGACUAAUUAUGAUGAGAGUCAUCCUUCAGUGGUUACAGAUUUUAGUAACCCGAGAGGAACCAAGUGGUUUACAUCUCGCUUGCAACACCUGCAAAAAUCGUACAAAAUUGAUCGUUUCCAUUUACAGCCAGCAGAUGCUCAUGCUCUACCUGUAUUUCAUGAAUAUCACAUGCCCCUCCCAGGGCCUGAUUCAAUAUUAGUAUAUUUUAUGGCUUCUGUAAGUGCUGUAUCACCACCUGUGAGCACUGAAGGGACAGUCACUACACCGAUGCCUCCAACCUUCCUGACACUUGGUACAGCAGAUGGAUCCUGGAGAGGUCUUGGAACACUGGUGCCACGUGUUUUAACCCUGGCUAUGUUAGGGUAUUCCUUGGUUGAUGUCGGACCCAUUGGUGGCAUAGCUAGACAUGGACAUGUUCCUGAGCGAGAACUCUAUAUACGAUGGUUGCAAGUUGCAACAUUUCUACCAGCUAUGCAGAUCAGUGUGCUGCCACAUAUGUACGACAAAGAAGUAGUCAAUUUGGUGACUGAGUAUAUAGAGAUAAGAAAGACCAUGGUUCUUCCUCGCCUCCUUCAGAAUGUUUCAGACGCUCUUGAGCUGGGAACUCCACUAAUUCACCCCCUAGCACUUUUUGACCCAAAUGACACUGAAGCUGCAAAGGUGCAUGAUGAAUGGAUUUUAGGGGAAGACCUACUCAUUGCACCUGUUACUGAAAGAGGAAAACGAAAUCGAAAUAUUUACCUCCCAACAGGAAUCUGGAAGGAUGAAAUUGAUGGCAAUUUACGACGUGGAGGACGAUGGCUCAAAGAUUACAAAGUUCCUUUAACAAAAACACCACACUUUACCCUUAAGUCAGUAGAGGGUAAUGCCCGAUAAGCAUCUAGAAUGAUUGUUUUUUUCAAAAUGUGAUCAAAAUACUCGUCAAACUGUAAAGAUAGUUUCCCAACUAAAUUAUUGACAUAUAUUUUCUUGGUAGUCUCAUGGGAUUCAUAAGGUGGAAAUUACAGUACCUUCAUUAGAGUUUAAUUCAUAAAAACAAGACUUGUGGUUUGCAAAAUUAUUGUUUAAAACAGUGGGUAAGGGGUGACAUUAAUGACUGAUGUUUACCUGAAUUUACCUGAGGGCCUUUAUGUUAUUGUAUUCUUAAAGGGGCAAUCAUUUCAAUAUUUAAGAGCAUAUUAAACAAAAUUCAUUUAAUUUCAGUUUGACAGUGUUGAAUUCUUGUAUUUUAUUGAUUAAAGAUGAAAUUUUAUUGAGAACAUGCUAAAAGUAUUCUCUAACAAGACCUUGCUUUUUUGUUCAAAUGUAAAAACUGUAUAUAUUUUAACUGUACAUAAAAAUUCAUACCAGUUUACCUUAUUCAUUCAUUCAUGUAUUUGUAUUACCCCCCCCCCCCAUGUCUCACGUUUGUGGAGGAGAGAGGGAAAGAGCGCAACAGCCUGGAGGAACAGACCGCAACAAUGUAGUGUAAGUAGGUACAGCUUAGAGAAGGGGGGGGAAAAGCUAUGUAUUGUUGUUGCUAACCGGUUGGAGGCAUACAGCAAAACUGGACUGCACAUUGAGGUGAUAUCUGUAAAGUAAAUAUGAUAUCUGUAAAGUAAUGGCUGGUUUUUUUUUAUCACUGAUAUCACAUUUUUUAUGUAUGGGGCUGGAACAUGUUUCUCAUUAAUUAAGCAAAGCCCAUACAUAAAGUUUUGUUGUUAAUGCUUUUCUGAUCUGAGAAAUACAGUAUGCACCAAAUGUGGGAAUUUUGACAAAUAUUUUUAAUUUUUGAAGAAAUUAAAUAAAAUUUUAAAUAAUUUUUUUUGGGGCAAGUCUUACCUUUUGGCUUGAGCUCUAACCCUAUUAUAAAUACUGUUUAUAUUAUAUUAUAAAUAUUAUAAAUCUAAUCUUAUUAUAAAUAUUUAGCUGAUUUAAAAUAUUCAGAAUUCACUGCCAGCAUGUAUACUCUACAUAAAUAUUGUAUAUGCAUAUUGUUCAUGCAUACUUGGCAUAUUCCUUAUAUGACUACUGUACUGCAUAUGCAUGCAUGGCAUGUAUACUGGGAAUAUUCUCUACAUGAAUAUUGUACAUGCAUACUUGGCAUGUAUACUAAGGCUGCAUAUUGGGCAUAUAUAUACUAUAAAUGCAUACUGUCCAUAUAUACUUUAAAUGCAUAUAUAUGUAAAUAAUUGUGUAUGUAUAACAUGUAUACAUAUUAUGCAUGUAUAAUACACAGGGAUACUGUGCAUGUAUACUCUGCAAGUUCCAAGUAAUGGGAACCUGAAAACAUGCCACAAAGGUAACAAAAAAUAUAUACAUGAAUGUUGAGUAAUUAAUGUGAUAUAGUAUAUAAUUAUUUUCUGUGUGUUGACUGCUGUCUAGUACAGUACUUAAUUGUGUUGACAUUGGUUACAUUUCGAUAUGGUUGUGAUUUAAUAUAUACUUAGGUAAUUGUACUUCUUUUAUAAAUAACAUUGUUUUCCACAUGUUUAUUUUAUGAAUUACAGUGCUAGAAGUAUUAAGUUUUUGUAUAGUAUAUUUUAUACAUAUAAAUCUUCUCUGAAUGCCUUUUAUUCUCUUCUCUGAAGAGAAUAGUACAUAUUCUCUUCAGGCAUACAUACAUACAUACAUCUCACACACACAUACAUUUAUGUUAUAUAUUUGUUUAAUUAGUGUCACUUGGCUCAAAUAUUACUGGAUACACAUCUGUAUAAAAUAAAUGUAAUAACUGAAUAUGUUGCAUUCUUAAAGUUAGUGGUCAGUAAGAUGGAGCUAGAAUUGUAGAGAACAAAUGAUCAUGUAGUACUGUGUAGCUGUGCAGGCAAUACAGUGUGUCACCAUAUUUAAUGUUUAAAUGAUAAAAUGGUAACUUACACACUUGCUCAUGUUGUUACUGAGACCAGAAGCAAUUUGUGGAUAUCUGUAGCAUAUAAUUCAUUAUGAUAUAUGAUGGAGUCAAGGAAGAAACUAGGCAGGGAAGCAUAAAGGAACUAAGAGUAUACAGUAUAUAAAAUAACAUUUAAAGACUCUGGUUGUAAAUGUCAAAUCAGACAAAACGAUUUUCACUGACGAAUUUUGUUCGCAUAUUAAGUAGGAUUAAUUCAUUAUGGAAUUAAAAAAGUAUAUAUUGUAUGCAUAUAUAUGUACAAUGCAUACCGGAUUAGUAAUCAAAUGAAGAGUUUUAUGUACAGUAUAUGGGUUAAGUAUAUAAGAGAAAAUAUAUUUGAAAUUCAGUGCAAAUUUGACUCAGGGUAUAGGUUCAUAAUGGACAUAAGGACCACUACCUCUAAUGGCUUCGUUGAGGACAGGAAGCCGGUGGCUUGUCAAAGGUCCCCCCAUUUGUCCUAAUGAUUUUAUCAAGCUGGAUUUUAAAAUUCAGAAGUAGUAUUAAAUUAUACUACAGUACUGGAUAACAUGUGUGGAAUUAUUUAGAAAAUGUUUUUAUACAAAAUAGGUGUACAUAAAUUAAAUGCUAAAAUACUUAUAUAAUUUUUUGAGCGAUGAAAUAUAAGUCAGUUGAAUGUGUACACUGCAUUUCUCACAGAUGAAUAUUUACUGAACAGUAGCAUGUGAUAUUUAUUGAGCAUUUCUGUUACAGUUUGUAAUUCAAAACAAAAUUUGUGUAUGAAUAAUUGUUCAUGAUUCAUUUGCUGUUCAUGUUCUUUACUGCUUCUCAGCCUUUUAUUUGCCAUUUCGUUUGUAUAUAAGCUAUUCAUGCAGUUUUUAAUCUUUUCUUGUCACAUCUGUUACACCAACCAAAUACUGUUCUGUACCUGCCCCCAUGUUACACAAACCAAUAUCUUAUGUUCUGUACAUAUUUCCAUGUUUCAUCAACCAGUACUCUUUGUUCUCUGCUUGUUCACCUGUGUUACAUCAGCUGGUACCAUAUUCUCUGCUUUCUGUGUUACAUCAGUCAAUCCCCUCUACUCUUUACUUACUCUGAUGUUACAUCAGCCUAUACUAUGUUCUUGCUCCUGUGUUAAAUCAACCAGUGUUCUAUGUUCUUACUUUCCUGUUACAUCAGCUUGUACCAUGUUCUUUACUUUUUUCCCCUGUUACAUCAACCGGUGCCUAGUGUUCUUUGGUUGCUCUUUAUGCCAUCUCAGUCCAUCUGCAUCUUUGACUUCCUUGUGAUAAAUACAAUUAAGUUACUAAGCGUACUAAAGCGAAAAAGGAUUCCAACAAGUGACGACUCAUUACACAAAGUGAAGCAAGACCGGAUGAACAAAUAGGAAACAAAAAGACUGAAGUGAAAAGUAUGAUACAAGAGGCCAUUAACUAGGACUAUACUCUGAAUGCAUGCGGUCCCUCGAUCUUUGCCCCUCAAUCAACAACAAAACUUUGAAUGUUGCCAUACGUAUAGCUGUAUUACUAUCAUUGCUAUCACAACAGUGAUAUCAAUGAUGUCCUCUAUGUGUAAGUUUGUACAAAGGAGCCAAAAAGAGAGAUUCUUUCUUGUGUCAGUUAAUUAUUGUACUUCUAAGUAGUAAGAGUUUCCUCUAAAGGCAAGUAAAGGCCAGUUAAUUUACCUAACAGAAUGUGUUACUGUACUUAGUGCAUAACUAUAUAUUCAAUCUUAUGUAUAAUUUGGAUUGUUCAUAAGAUACUUGUAAAAAGGAUCAUCAUAAGGAUCUCCUUUUUCCUUAAUAUCUUUUAUAUUAUAUUCUCUAGUUUAGGAUUUUGUGUUAUGCCUGUAAAAUAUUUAAUCACACAAGUGAACUGAAUCAGAAUUACUAAUAUGCAUUAAUGUUUGUAUACAGUGACUGCAUUUGUUAUAUAUAUAACUUUUUAUUGAGAAUAGUUUGCAUUAUCAGCAUAUCUUUUGUAUAACAGCUUCUUGUAUUUUAACUCAUAUAACUGGAGAGAGAAGUCUAACCUCAGUUGCAAUGCUACAUUCCAUCUAUUUUGUAAUGUCUGGUUAUGUAAUAAUGUGUACUUAAUUUGGUAGUAUAACUGUCUCAAACAAAAUUAAAUGUAGACAUAGACUGAUUAGCAAUUGGUUGCAUUUCUUUAUGUGAUGACUUUAUGCAUUUAAAAUUAUUAAAUGAGAUAUAAUAGUUACUGAUAUUGUUUAUUAUAUUAGUUAAUACUUGUACAACAAAAAUCAUUACAAUUUGAAUAGUGUUGGACUUCAGGAUGACCCAAUGACUUGGUUCACAUAAAAGUGAAUAAUGUGUUUUGUGGCACCAUCCUGUGUUUGGCAUUAAAUAUGGCACUAAAUAUUUUGAGAAAAAAAAAAAAAGAGUUGGUUAUGCCUGAUGUACAUAAAUGAGUGUCAUAUUGUCAACAUUAUGAUAUUUUGUAUAAAAUGUGUGGUGCUUCCAGGGCAAUCUUUAUGUCAAAAAUAUGUGGUUAUAAAGAAAUUUUAUAUAAUUUAUUGCUGUAAUAUAUGUUUCACAAUAAAUGUAGAGAAUAUAUGCAAUAAAUAAACCCCAAAGUUUU